UACCUGCAGAGUCUUAACUGGAUUUGUCUCAACACGUUUAGCGUUUUGAGAACCUUUAACCAAAAAGACAUCCGUUCCAACUCUUACUCUGUCAAGAUGUCUGGAAACCAAAGCAACACAAGUGAAAGCCAUUGUAUUCCUGAAGACAACAGCUUGGUCUUCACUCUGGUUCCACCCUACAUCCUGGUCAUCAGCGUGCUUGGAAUCAUCUUUAAUGUGUUUGUGCUGAUGGUUUUCUGCCUCCACAAGAAGGCCUGCACUGUGGCUGAGAUAUACCUGAGCAACCUGGCUGGAGCUGAUCUUGCUCUGGUGUGCUGUUUGCCCUUCUGGGCUGAAUAUGCAAGAAAUAAAUACGACUGGCCUUUCAGUGAAAGCCUGUGCAAAGUGUCAUCAGCUGUUAUCUACAUGAAUGCAUUCUGCAGCAUCUACUUCCUUGUUAUGGUUAGCAUAGAUCGUUAUGUGGCACUGGUGCACCCGCUUUCCCAUGAGAGGAUACGCCGGCCGUUUUAUGCCAAACUGGGAUGUCUGUUUGUGUGGGUUCUUGGCUUGGUCUUUGCUCUCCCCAUAUUCAUCUACAGGAAAUUAAAAUUCAACCCUGAGUCAAAUUUUACUCACUGUUCACUUAACUUCACUUCACCAGAGCAAUAUCUGGCAUCUGAGGUGACAACCAUAAUAUUCAGCUUCAUCAUCCCUGUUAUCAUUAUUUUGUUCUGCACUGUCAAAAUUAUUCAAGCUCUGAGAAAGAGGCUAAUGGAGGCUUUAAACAUUCAGAAAACGGAUCAGAAGGCCACCACUCUCAUCCUGGCAGUUCUGCUGGCAUUCCUGAUCUGCUGGGUGCCAUUCCACGUGACAAAGAUACUAGAUGUGCUCCGAUACACUCGCAUUCUGAAAUGUAACAUCACACUGAUCAUCGCCCAACAGGUCUCUGUGUACUUUGCCUUCUUCAACAGUGUCCUUAACCCCAUUCUCUACGUCUUAGUAGGGAAAACCUUUCAGAAACGAGCAAGGGAACUCUUCAUGUUGUGGAACAAGAAUCAAACAGCAUCUUUCAGCCAACUGUCCACACGCCUGACAAGUUUUAAAUUUGAUCAGAGCUCAAAGUGAUGUGCAGGACUGCCAUCUUUUGGAUAGGUGCUGUGAUGGCUUACGCAGUUAAAUGGACAAAUAUUUACUCAGGCAAAGAGAAAAAUGUUGUUUUUGUAAUCUGAAUGUUGUUGUUUUCUGUUUAACAUUGUGCAUGCAUUACUUUUUCUUCAGAAAGUGAUAUUUAGCCAUAACAUGUUUAUAUCCUAGAGGUGAUACUGAAAGGCUGUCAGUCUGACUCUGCUUGGUGUCGUGAAGUCUGAGCGCUCUUUGACCGUUUCUCCAGUUGGAACAUAACUCCUGGAUUUAGCUAAGAGAAAGUAGCAUGGAGAAGACAGCUGGCAUGGAGGGAAGGCUAAAUAUAACUAGCAAAUCGUCUGAAGUGGGAUUCAUGGAACAUUCCUGAAGUUAAAGAAAAUACACUGUUGGAAAAAAAGUCACAGUCUGACCUUUUUAUUGUCUUGGGCUUAGUUCCAUGUUUCAUCCGACUCUGGCAGGAGGGUGAAUAACAGGAGACAUUACCUCAUGCUGUCAAACAAGUUUUUUUGUUUUACCAACCGUCCAUGGACUCCUAUCUGUUUAGAUGACACAUUUUGAAAAAUAUAAUUAUAUAAUUAUAAUUACAAAUACAAUUACAUUUAAGGCCAUAUUUGAGCAUUCUUCUGUGCUAAAUAUCAAUGAAGUUAAAAUUCAAUGGCAAGCAAGGGUGUGGUUGUUCUUUAAAACCAGUGAUCCAGUAUAGCUUUCUCUUGACAUCCUAUUGACAUUCGUAGCAUGACAGGAUAUGAGGUUCAAAUUUCAAAUGUGCCAUUCUACUGCUCAUCCUCUAAUUGAUGUCUAUUAGACACAAUUUUGGAUUUAAUGCCAUAAUAACCCUGCUACACAAUUGAAUGGCAUUCCCACCUUUCUUUUAUAUUGCACAUGUGAUAAACACAAGCUAAGAUAAUGAAACAAAUAGAUGGCAGCAGUUUAACAGUGUUUAUACUAUUAACAUAAUAUUUACAUGGUUAGAUUUUCCACUUCACUUGUGUGCAUGUGCGUGGUUAUGUAGUUGGAGUGCUCUGUGCUGUGGCAUGAUGCAGAUUUACUGCUAACAACUUGGAAUGUUUUAGUGAUGAACUUAAAAAAAUUCAAAGAGUGAUUUUUUGUUUUUAUUUUUUUGCAUUACAUUAAAAUAUUGUGUUUCUAUUCAUGUUACAUCAAAAAGAAAGUCUGUGUGGAUAUUUGCAAGGGUUUUAAAUUUACAAGUACAAUUUACAAUGCUUUAAGUAGUUUAUUUAAUGUUUAAAAUCACCAAACACUGCUGGACACUGAAAUGCAUACCUCUUUUUCACAGCAAUCUUAAUGUAACACUCACUCAAUAUUAUCAUUUGUAGACACAAUAAAUAAAUAAAACCUUA